CUUGGCAGGAGAGAAACAAACAUGGCUUUUUCUUGUGUUACAGCACUAACAUUGUUCAUGGGGAUGAUGCUGUUUGCAUCUUCUCUUUUGGUUUCUGCAGCAAACGUUGAUUUCCUUUACCUCGUUCUUAUGUGGCCGAGGGCAUACUGUUCACAGUCGGUGUGUUGCCGUCCGACGACCGGCAUGCCGGCGGAGGACUUCUUCAUCCGGGGAUUGUGGACUUACAAUGAAGCUGGGAAACCUGUUACUAGGUGUACUAGAGAACCUUAUAAUUCCACUGAGAUGGAAGGAUUGGAGCCGGAAUUAUAUGAAUAUUGGAGCAGCAUAAAGUGCCCUAGCAAUGAUGGAAGUUUGUAUUGGAAGAAAGCAUGGAAGACAUAUGGUACUUGCACUGGCAUGUAUCAACCAACCUACUUUGAAACAGCACUUGACUUAAGAGCCCAAGUUGACUUGCUUACUGCCUUAGCAAAUAAAGGAAUAACACCAUCAGAGACAAGGAAGUACUCAAUGGAAAGCAUAGAGAAAGCCAUUGAAGAAGCAACAAAAAGCAACACUGGUGAUUAG